CCUUCGUCAUAUCCAUAUCCCCUCUUCCUCUCCCUCUAAUCCCUCCUCCUUCCACACCCAUCCCUCUCCUAGCCAGCAAUGGUCCAACUCACUCCCCCCUCCCAAAAGACCGUCAUCAUCUCCAUAUCCGCGGUCCUCGGCAUUGCCACCGUCGCCUCGCUCUACCUCUACCUCCGCGACAGCAAACAGCGUCCCGCCUCCAAUACCAAAUUCCGCUCCCUCCAACGUAGUCUCUACUCCCAGCUCCUCAAGGCCCAAGACUCCCUCGAUGACAUCAUCGAGUCCGACCUCCGUCGCAUCCAAGUUCGUACCAAGACCCUGCGCACCCACAGACUCUACCCCGGCGACGAAAGCGUCCAGCUCCCCUCGCUGGGUCUAAUUAAUGAGCAGGACAAGAGCGACCUCGGUGCAGAGAUCGAAGAGACGAAAGAAGAGCUGAUUCACGAACGUACCCAAGGCUUUGAGGACCAUGCCAAGGUCCGCCAGGGCUACAAAGAGCUGGAUCUUCUUGUCAAGGCCCUCCACAAGCAGCUUCUGCGACUGUUGGAACGGGUUGAGAAAGUCAGCCUGAGCGAGCUGGCCGAGAUCGGGGACGAGACCGGUGGCAUUUCCCAGGAAAACGAGUCCGAGAUCCAGGCCAUUGAAAAGAUCCGCCGCCGUAGGAGAUCCGUCUUGGCUAAGAUUCAAAAGUUCAUUGCUCAAUUGGACGCCAUCCGCAACAGCUACAAGGAGAGGCUGCAGCAAAUCAAGGAAUUCGAGAAGAUGGAGCGCAUCGGUCUGGAGCCCAGUGACGACGUCGAGCCCACGGUCGAGAGCGAAAUGAUGAAGGAAGGCAUCACCUUUGCGGACAUUACGGCCCUGAACAUUGAAGAGCCCGAGAUCCUAGCGCCGACCGAGGAUUUGGAAAGAAUGAAACAAGGCAUCAGCUUUGCCGCAGUCGUUGCCGAGAACCUGCCCGAGGAGAAGGAAGACACUGCAGAACAAAAGUCAAAGCAGGGUGUCAGCUUUGCAGACAAGGUCGAGACCAUUGAACCGUCGAACAAGAUCGAAACCAUUGAGCGGUCGAACAAGGCCGAGACCAUUGAACGGUCGAAAAAGGUCGAGACUAUUGAAAGGUCAAACAAGGUCAAGACCAUUGAACGGUCAGACAAGGUCGAAACCAUUGAACCGUCGGACAAGGACCUUGAGGUGUUGGCGCCGACCGAGGAUCUCGAAAAGAUGAAGCACGGUAUCAGCUUUGCGGACGUUGUCGCCGAAAACAUCGAGGAACCAGUCAAGGAAACAGAAGAACAGGAGAUUCUUGCCCCAACCGAGGAUCUGGAAAAGAUGAAGCAGGGCAUCAGCUUUGCGGAUGUUGUCGCCGAGAACAUUGAGGAGCCGACCACGGAAGACGGAGAGGUUCUUGCCCCGACUGAAGAUUUGGAAAAGAUGAAGCAGGGCAUCAGCUUUGCGGAUAUGGCCAAGCACAACCUUGACGACUCAUCCGAUAAGGAAGCCGAAGUGCUCGCCCCAACAGAGGACCUCGAAAAGAUGAAGCAGGGUGUCUCGUUUGCCGAUGUCGUCGCUGAGGAUUAAUUAAUUUGUACAUACAUAAUCGCAGGAAUUCCAUUACCGCAUGGUCCUCACUCCCAUUCAAAACGAUUCUGACGAUUCGUUGACUGUAUUUAGUUUUUUCUUUUUUCAUUUUAAUGCAGCGAAUAAAAUAUCAGCAUAGAUAACACC